AUGCCAGAUUUUCUGCGAAUGCCAAAUGAAAUUGAAGCUUCUGAAAUAGCAUCACGUUUUGAGAGAAUUUCCCACAUACCGCAAAUUAUCGGAUGCAUCGACGGUUCUCAUAUACCCAUAUUAGCACCUUCAGAGGGUUAUCGGGAUUACGUUAACCGUAAGGGUUGGCCUUCUUUUAAUUUACAGGCAGUUGUCGAUGACAAAUGCAGAUUUAGAGAUAUUUGUAUUCGCCACCCUGGAAAUACUCAUGACGCUGCAGUAUUUAAAGACUCCAAUUUAUACCGGAAUGUUAAAAAUAUUAUUCCACAGACCACGCGAAAUAUCAAUGGCUUGGAAGUACCAUAUUUUAUCGUCGGAGACCCAGCGUACCCACUUUUGCCAUGGGUAAUGAAAGGCUAUCCUGGUACGGUUACAGCCGAACAGGAGUCUUUCAAUGUUUAUCUCAAUUCAGCGAGGGUUGCAAUAGAAAUGGCAUUUGGGCGGUUGAAAGGACGUUGGAGAAUACUUUUAAAAAAGAUUGAUGUUAAUUACUUGUUCGUUCCAAACAUUACGAGUGCUUGUUGCAUUUUGCAAAAUUUGUUAGAAAUAAAAAAUGAAGCAUUUAUUCAGCAAUGGCUUAAUUAUGUGGCUGAAGCACAAAGAAUAUAUCAACAGCCAAACGAUAUGGGUAAUCGGGAACGUGACGACAUCACUGGAUCACGUAUUCGUCAGCAUUUAACAGACUACCUGUCGACACAUUACCCGCUUCGUAAAA